CGAAUGCAAUAGAUGGAGGAGGGGAGACAGAUGGAAGAGAAGUGUAGUUCGUGAUAAAAGCUACAACAUGGAUAUGUGUGUGAGGCAGCGGUAGAGGAGGAGAGAGCACGAGAUGCUGACAGAUUCCUGAUAGAUGUGCAAAAUGGCGCAAGCAAGUUCUACAUAAAGAGUUAGCUGUAUGUCUGUUUUCUUCGGAUCGCCUCACGUUGUUUUUUCAAGUAUCGUAAUAUAUUUCAAAGUGAUUAAAUGGCUACCAGAAGGCGCUGCCUUGUUCCAUGCUUUUUUGCAUUACUCCUCAACGCUUUAGUCGGUGGGACAUCGGGAGCAGAGCUCUCCUUCACCCUGGAGCCUAGUGACAUCAUUGCGGUGCAGGAGCAGCCCCUCAUGCUGCACUGUCAGGUGGACGGCAUCCCACCAAUCACCACACAGUGGAGGAGGAAUGGAAUCCUCCUGGUGGACGACCAAUACUACACCAUGUUCCACAACGGCUCUCUGCUGAUUGGAUGCUUCCAGAGGACCAAGUCUGACGGUUCCACUGAUGAGGGGGACUAUGAAUGCAUGGGCCAGAACUCCUUUGGUCUGGUGGUGAGCCGCAGGGCCAGGGUGCAGGCUGCCACGAUGGCGGAGUUCCAUGUCCAGCCGCGGUCAGUGCGUGCGGAGGAGGCGGGCAUGGGGCGGUUCCAGUGCCAGAUUCACGGCCUGCCUGAGCCUGCCAUCAGCUGGGAGAAAGAUGGCCGCUCCGUGGACACUAAGGAUGAGAGGUAUACCCUGCUCCCCACUGGUGUCCUGCAGAUCACAGGUCUGCGCCAGGAGGAUGGUGGUGUGUUCUGCUGUGUGGCCCACAACAGUGCAGGAGUAAAGCACAGUGCCGGGGCUCGCCUCACCGUCUCAGGCUCCCAGUCUUCUGUUUACAAAGAGCCCAUGAUCCUCGUGGGUCCUGAAAACCUCACUCUCACCGUUCACCAGACGGCCAUCUUGGAAUGUGUUGCCACAGGAUAUCCCCGCCCCAUCGUGUCAUGGAGCAGGCUUGAUGGCCGUCCGAUAGGUGUGGAGGGCAUCCAGGUGCUGGGUACAGGGAACCUGAUGAUCACAGAUGUCGGGGUCCAGCACUCUGGCGUCUACGUCUGCGCUGCCAACAAACCAGGGACCCGUGUACGCAGAACCGCUCAGGGACGUCUGGUGGUCCAAGCCCCAGCAGAGUUUGUGCAGCCUCCCCAGUCCAUCACCCGGCCUGUGGGCACCACUGCUAUCUUCACCUGCCAGGCGCAGGGCGACCCUGUGCCCCAGCUCACCUGGCUGAAGAACGGGCAGAUCCUGGAGCCUGGAGGGCACGUCAAACUUAGGAACAACAACACCACGCUGACCAUCUAUGGCAUCAGUCAGGAGGACGAAGCCAUCUACCAGUGCAUCGCUGAGAACAGUGCCGGCUCCACCCAGGCCAGUGCCCGUCUCACCGUGCUGUGGGCAGACGGCCUGCCAGGGAUGCCCAGUCUGGUGCGGGCCGAGGCCCUCUCACCCACCGCCAUCCAGGUGUCCUGGAAGGAGCCUGCCCAGAACACUCAGGAGAUCAUCGGCUACGUGCUCCACAUCCGCAGGACCACAGACCUUGUGGAGAUGGAGUACCAGGAGGCCGUCAGUAAGGUGACUCUACAGCAGGUAGUGGGGGAUCUGGAGCCCUCCACCAGCUAUACCUUCUAUGUGAAGGCCUACACGUCCCGUGGAGCCAGCAAGCCCUCCGAGAGCGCCACCGAGAGCACACUGGGCGAAGUGCCAGCACCACCGUCACUAUUCAUUAAAUUGGUGAACAGCAGUGUGGUGCAGGCGGUGUGGGAGCCAUCCUCUAAGAUGGGCCAACAUGAGGGCUUCAGGCUGUACUAUAGGAGAGUCCACACCCCCCUCUUCACUGGACCACUCACCUUCACCCGCAACGUCACCCAGUACAACAUCACUCAGCUUGAUCCAACCCUGGUGUAUGAGAUUAAGGUUCUGGCCUUCAACCAACACGGAGACGGCAACGCCACCAUGCGCUUCGUCUCACUGAAGGAGGCUGUGGAGAAAUCAGUGCUGAACACCCCCUGUGACUGUGUGAAGGAUGAACAGAGCAAGACCUCUACAACCGGCAUCGUCAUCGGCAUCCAUAUAGGAGUCACCUGCAUCGUCUUCUGCAUGCUAUUCCUCAUGUUCAGCUACAGGGGGAGGUUGAUGACGUGUAAGACAGUGCAGGCCACCCCCCAGGCCAGGCGUAACAUUGCCCUGGAGUCGUCCUCCUCCUCCCAGGGGGCCCUGGCCCUAAACGGGGUGAGCAGGUCAGGCAUGGAAGGGAACGGCAGGGUUGCUGGGAAGAGCAGGGGAGACAGCAACGAGCUGGAGAGACUCUUCUCAGGACCGUCCCACUGUGGAGACCUAGCUGACAGUUCACGCAUGUUGGAUAGCUCCCUGGUGUCCUGUGCACUGAACGAGACCCAGUUGUCCACUCUGCCGCUGGAUGACUUCAGCCUGGUCGUGGAGGGGGACAGAGAGACGCAGUUCCAGAGGCCUCCAGCAGAGGGCCGGGGGACAAGUGACAGAGCCGUGGCCGGAGUCACCCAGCAGGACCAGGCCUGAUAGAAGCAUGAAGGUCAAGUCUGUGACAUGGUCACAGUGUCACCUCAGACUCUUCUCACUCUCAGGUCGACCUAAGUAUUUCCUUUCAUAUUAGUUUUCCUUUGUGUAAAGAAUUGUAUUAUUGAUAAGUUAAAUAAGUAGCCUCUGGAAAAGUUAUAGGGGUCUUGGACUCGUUCUUGGAGGUGUCCCCGGCCUAGGUUUUUGGUGCGCUUUUGUGAUGGACAGCUAUGUUUUAGCUUUGGCAGAUGAAUGAAGUGUUUUUCGUACUUCCUUAAUUUUCUGGUUGCCGGCAGCACACAGAAUAGAUGCCCAGAAUAUCUUUGUUAUACACUCAUCAUUUUAUCUCAGAGUUUAAUAUGUUUUUAUUUCUCUACUAUCUCACAAAAUGGUUAUAAGUUAUUGGUGUUAUUUCUACUUUUUCUUUCAACGUCAGACUGCUGCCUACUCUUAGCCUACCAAUGAUUCCACAAACGUAUCCAACGAAGACUAAGGCCUUCUUCCAGUGAUUUCAUAUAUUCUCUGUCUCAGGACUUUUAUUUUCAGUGAUAUCAAUGUUUUUUUAUUAGUUCUCGGCCUUCAUACAGGCUCUAAACUUGGCUAUGUGAACCUUAGGAUUCAACAAAAACCUACCUCAGCCGGAAUGAAUGUGUUGUGGGAAACCUUUUGGAUGCGUCUCUUCCCCUUGUGUUCAGUUACUUUUACAUGUAGAGCGAUCGGUUCAAAAAACACGAGGACAGGUGAACACUACCUCAGAUGUCAAGAACCGCCGCUCUCCUGCUUGUCGAAGCGAAAAAAAGAAAAAAAAAAUCUAACGGAAAGCACUUCAAAGCGCUGAAGUCAAUGUUCUACCUCAAGAUAACAAUGUUGUAGUUGUUGUUGUUCUUCUUUCUUUCAUAAUGAAACAUGUACUUCUGUUGUGAGAGCUCCUGGCUUCCCUCCGUCGAUGAAUUGCUGUUUGUGGAUAUGUCAGUACCUCAUGCAAGUUGACAGAUGAUAUUGUUGUAUGAAUUCUACUUGUAAAGACGUUUGCUAUAGUUUUCCAUAGUGUUUGUGUAAGAUAUUUAGUCUUUGUUUUAUUUGAAUAUUAGUUGCUUCAGUUGAUUGAAAAGACUGUUAGAGAUGCACUGCACUGCUACUAAUAAUUUCAGGACAUUUUUACUGCUAUGUGAGAACUGCUACAUAUAUUCCAUUGGGCAGGUGAGGUUUUAGUUACAUUUACGCUCAAUUGAGACAUACAUCAUAUGUGUAUUUAUGAAUGAUUUUGUGAUGGAAUUGUAUGUGUGCGUGCAUGCGUGCUUGCAUGUGUGCGUACUUGUGUGUGUGUGUGCGCGUGACAGCGAGUGAGAGAGUGUACAUAUGGUAUAUGUGAUGUAUUAAGAAAAUGUAACACAAAUGUAUCAAAAUGUCAUUGUAGGCAUUGACAACCACAAAUGUUAAUGUAUCUGAUAUGAUACCAGAUAAUUGUCUCUUCAAUUGGCAAUAGUGUCACUCUAAUUGGAUAUUUGGGCUCUGCCUGUCACUCACUCCAAGCUGUGGCACAGUGCACUCCUUUGUUAUUUUUCAUCAGGGCUCAAAUCAAAUCAAUUCCCUUCUGUCGUAAAUGAAUAGCCCAUAAUUAUCGAGCCUGUCCAUCCCAGAUCCCUCACUCCCUCCCUCCUCCACACUGACAAAUGAAAGUGCUUCAGGAAAACGUUUAUUACACUGCUGCAUGCAAAUCCAGAGGGAGAUGGUUUAACAGGUGGACCACAGGUAUUAACUCACAGGUCUGAGUUCAGUGUGCUCAUGCUGUCAUCUUACUGAGCAAACACACAGUCAAAGGGAUGUUAUUAGACUGGGAUCUGAUCCAGGGUCAGAUCUGUGAGUACCACCACCAGUGCUCCCCCUGUUCCUCCAGAACCAUGCUCUCUGGAGCUGGAGCUUCCCUGAGGCAGAGCCAACCUGAGCCAGCCCAGUACUCUUACGGUAGCCCGGGUUAGGGCCGCUGUCGGACGGACCCACUGUCUUCUUGCUGGAUCUCUCUACUGUAGAGAUAGAUCCCGUUUUAACUCUAUGCUCUCUUCUGUGUCUCAGUCACAUAAUGGCCUAAAGCAGAAUUACUCUGGUAACCUACCUCAACCCCAGCACGACAGUCCUGCUCUCACGUUGCUCCCUCUAACACUCUGAAGGUAGACUUCUAUAUAUGCGUAAUAUACACCACACACACACACACACACUCCGGGAAGGGAUGUAUGUCUUCAGGGCCUUGUGGUAGUGCAGUUGUGUGACAGAAAAACAGUUGUUUUCGUCUUUAUGCUUGGCUUUUGUGGAUAUGAAUGUAUCACAAUUGUUUUUAUUACAUUUUUGUUGUAUCAGAAGCUUUUACGUUUUUGUUUUUCAACUCAGCCUUGAAUGUCUUCGAACAUGUGUCUGUUAUGGACUAAUAAACAAGGACAUCAAGCACUCACUGCAAACUGUAGUAUGGCUACUCAGUACAAACUAUAGUAUGGCUACUCACUGUAAACUGUGGUAUGGCUACUCACUACAAACUGUGGUAUGGCUACUCACUGCAAACUGUAGUAUGGCUACUCACUGCAAACUGUAAUAUGGCUACUCACUGUAAACUGUGGUAUGGCUUCUCACUGCAAACUGUAGUAUGGCUACUCAGUACAAACUAUAGUAUGGCUACUCACUGCAAACUGUAGUAUGGCUACUCACUGCAAACUGUAGUAUGGCUACUCACUACAAACUGUAGUAUGGCUACUCACUGCAAACUGUAGUAUGGCUACUCACUGCAAACUGUAGUAUGGCUACUCACUACAAACUGUGGUAUGGCUACUCACUGCAAACUAUAGUAUGGCUACUCACUGCAAACUGUAGUAUGGCUACUCACUGCAAACUGUAAUAUGGCUACUCACUGCAAACUGUAGUAUGGCUACUCACUACAAACUGUGGUAUGGCUACUCACUGCAAACUAUAGUAUGGCUACUCACUGCAAACUGUAGUACGGCUACUCACUGCAAACUGUAGUAUGGCUACUCACUGCAAACUGUAGUACGGCUACUCACUGCAAACUGUAGUAUGGCUACUCACUACAAACUGUAGUAUGGCUACUCACUACAAACUGUAGUACGGCUACUCACUACAAACUGUAGUAUGGCUACUCACUGCAAACUGUAGUACGGCUACUCACUGCAAACUGUAGUAUGGCUACUCACUGCAAACUGUAGUAUGG